AUGGUUAUUGAACGUAAUGCUGCCAUCAUACCAAUUAUUCGAGCCAUCUUUUCAGAAUAUCGUCAUGCAGACAGUAAUUUUUCAAGUACCAAACCGGUUGUAAAAUUUAUUAUGGGUGAGUUACGCUAUCAUCGACUUACUCAGAGAGUUCUUUGUAAAGCACCAAAUGAAAUGGAACAUUUAGCGUCUACAUACCGACAUUAUCUUCAGAGCAUCAGAAAACUUAUUGAACUGGAGCAGAAAUAUCAGGGUGGUGAACGUUCUAUUGAAGAAAGUGCACAUCUGGUUGGAUUAGAACUUCCCGAAACGAAGCAAUAG